AUGGCGGCGACGGAGGGAGACGGCAACGGUGGAAUCAAGCGGAAGGCUGAACGACGGCGACGGGAGGGAGGCGGCAACGGUGGAAGCCGGUGGAAGGCUGAACGGCGGCGACGGAAGGAGAAGGCAACGGUGGAAGGGGACAGAAGGCUGAAUGGAGGUGACGGAAAGGAGACGGCGACGGUGGAAGCAGGCGGAAGGCUGAACGGGGGGGACGGAAGGGGAAGGCGAUGGUGGAGGUAAGCAGAUGGCGAAACGGCGGCAGCGGCGACGGACGGUGGCGAUAGAGCUCCAACCUGGAGCACGGGGUCCUCACGACCAACCCAACCGGGGCGACGGGGUCCUCACGACAAACCCAACCGGGGCGACGGGGUCCUCACGACAAACCCAACCGGGGCGACGGGGUCUUCACGAUCAGCAUCAGGCGACGGAACCUCAAUGAAGGUAAUCUAUUCUUCACACUCUAAUGUGUCUCUAAUGACGACGGGACGGACCUUAAAGGCGUUACAAGGUAAAACAUAGCAAGGAAAAGGUUUAUUAAGGGAGAACCGGCUAAUAAUAAAAGAAAUCUUCAGAUUCCGGGCGAGUGCGUUGGCGUCGGGAUCUAUGGUGGCCUUCUGGACCUGAUGCUGCCUGGGCCGAGCUUGAGUCCUCAGGUGGGUCGGCUAAGUCUGGAUUGGGCCCCCGUCCUGUGUAACUCUCUCUCUCUCAUUAUCAUCUCACUAGGCAGCCUUGUCCAUCCGCUGGAUUGGUGACAAGAUGUUCGACUUGUUGGUCUCAACCACGCACCUAUUCAUGACCAUCUCCUCGAGCAUUAAGUACGCCUUCUCGAGAUAGAACAUGACGUACAGCUAACACUGGAAGGAAGGAGGGGGGCUGAGUAAAAAUUAAAGAUGACCGGGCGGACGGCAAAAUCAUAGGAGAUUUGGAGAGAGGAGGCGUACAUGCCACGUUCCCAAAAUGAUUGUCCAUGGUCUCCACGAACAGAUGAAUGAAUUCCAAGACUGCUUGCUCAUUCUGCAAAGGGAAGAAGAAUCAGUCCGAUAAGAAAUGGCGCAGACCAAAAGAAGUCCCCCCCCACAGCCAGUUCACAUUUUUCCUAUACUUUCAUGACCAAAUAAGCUGUAGUUCCCUUAAAAUUAUCUUCCUAAUAAGGUUGUGAGAGUGGCGAACCUCUUAGUUACCGAUGCCAACGAAGAAGAAGAGCGAUGCAUAGCAGCUGUAAUCAACCUUGUAAUUCCGAUGCUCCACAAAAGAAAACUGCAGCAGAAGGGUUGCAAUAAAAAAAGGUCCAAGUCACACACGCAGAAAAGCCUACCAAAGAAUACUAACUUGUAAGACGGGUUAACGUUUGGGGGUUACCAAUGCAUCAACCCUUCUUCAGAUGUACAGUCCGCCACAAAUACCCUAAAAGAACGAGCAUAAUUCUAAAGCGGCAAAUGCCACUUAUGUUGCAUAGAUACAUGUUUGAUCGUAUUUUUUACGAUAUCUAUGGAAAACCGUUUCUUUAUGAAGAACACAUGCAUGCAUAAAAAAUGCUCCAUAAGGUCUAUUGAUACCUGCUAAUAGUAGUAGUUCGCUGAGCACCCAUCGGAUUCUCUUCCACUUGAUUAAUUCUUUAAUCUUCAGCAUAUCACUACCAAUUCAAAUGCGUAAAACAACAUUCUGGACGUAUACAGAAUAUUGAAAAACUGAAAACUGGAGCUGAUACAAUACUAGUUAAUUAAAAUAGAGAAAGGUUGGAUUCAUAUGGGAUGAGUGGAAUAACAGAAUGUACGCUUCAAAUUUACCCUACGUUGGAUCAAGGUUUCGAAUUUUCGAUUCUGACUAGAAAAGCAUGACAUGGCCACUCCACAUCUGAAGCACCCAAACUUCAUUCAGCUAGCGCCAAAAAGCACAACACCAAUACCCGCCACUGUGGACUUGCUUUGCAACAAUGGGGAGCUUACCUGGGAGAGCAGCUGAGAUCUCACGUUUACGGGAGCUUAAGGGACUGGCAUACAACUAGCUUAGGUUAUCCAGUUGAAGACAUAAUUCUGAAAUCCAUUGACCCUCCAAUCUGGAUCUAGCUUGAGCCUGAUCCCUCUCUAAGCCUCUACUCAUUCUCCACUUCCAUCAAUGUGGACUUUUUUGCUCGUUGCUUGUUGAGGCUGCAAGAAUACUCAGGUGACGAGUGAUCAUCACCCAUCACCUGCCAUCACUGCUUGGUGCAGUCAAUCCCAUCUAUAAUACAAUUUGCAGUGGACAGCCUUUAUAACAGCUGCAUUUUAGUUAAAAUGGUGCCUAUACACGGGUAUGUCAACAGGCUGAAAAGCAGACCCAUAUUUGGAUGGGGUUCUCAACAGGGAUUACUGCAUUUAAUCUAUAUUUUAUAUUAUGGGGAUACCAUUAAGGUUAAUCACAAUUAAAAUAACUCAUUAAAGAUUAAAUAUUUGAAAUUAAAAAAUCUCAUGUAAGUAUGAGUAUAAAUAUGAUUAUAUAUAGAGCUAAGAUCAUAUUCUAAUUUUACAAUGAGAAAAUUUAAAAAAGAACACCAAGGGACAAACCACCUCCCGUCCAUUUAAAGGGGUUGUGGUCCUUGGGUGACACAUUAUAAGGGUCACUCUUGAAGCACCCCAUCUCUCUUUAAGAAAGGACUCCCUUGUAAUGAUCCAAAAGGCUACACACCCCACUCUUGAGUCAUGAUAGACUCAACUAUGAUUUCUUGAUCAUUUUUAUUAUUAGCAUUCAUGAUUCAAUCCUAGAUCCUUAAUGUACAUCAAGUUGUAUUAGAGUCAUUUGUGUUGAGUUUUAGAGAAUGAUAGGUUAUACAUCAAUUUUGUUUCUCUUGACAUAAAUUUAAUGCCUAAAAGUGAGAAUACAUGAUUUGGAGAUGGAUGCAUACAGCCAUGAGGAUUUAGGUAGGCUUCAAGCAUUUUAUUAGGCCAUUGGUCCAACCACAAGUUGCCAUUGUGGCUCUACAGAUGCCAUUGGGAGAUUAUGAUACUCCUAGAACCUCUUGAUCGGCAUGAGGCUGAGAGACCACAUGAAAUGCAUGUGGAAGGAGGUACAGAUGCAUCUAACAUGUGCAGUGGGUGUGUGUUGCAUGCGGGAAUGCAUGGCCAAACCAAGAAAACUGGGAUGGAGUGAGUUUCCCGAAUCCAGAAUGGUUCCUCCAGAUCUAGUAGGGAUCCGGGGACAACAAAGGACAGAGUUUGCAUAAGGAAGGUUUAAAUGGAGAAGGUUCUUCAGACCUCUCCCUAUAUAAAAGGGGGAGAACUCUGCUCUCUAGGAGGAAGGAGGGAAGGAGAGAAGAAGAAGGGGAAUGAGAGAAAGCUGCAGAGAGACAGAGAGAGAGGGUCUCGUCUGUAG